CACCUCAUUUCCUCACAACAACGAUAUCAAUAUGGUGAAAGCGGACGUGCGGAGGGAUUACUAUGCAGACUUGGGUCUAGCUCCCAGCGCGGAGUCUGAAGAAAUCAAGAAGCAGUUCCGGAAGUUAGGAAGGGAACAAGAGUUUAUUGCGAAGUUCCAGUCUAUUCAAGCCGCCCAUGAGAUUCUUAGUGAUCCACAACAACGACUCAAAUAUGAUACAGACCGGUUGCGCGCUGGAUAUGGUAAGGUCUACGGGCCCCCGAGAACGAAUACCCAGCGGCGUUCCCAGACCACGUCAACUCCCACGGCCCCUCCUCCCCCCAAGAGCUUCAAGGGCCCAGACUCAACGGCCGGCUUACGACCAGUGGCCAAAUGCCAGUACAACACCGAAUGCAGAUAUUCCGCACAUGCUCGUGCGAACCCGCAACAAUGGACUCGGGGCCAGGAUGACGCGCAAACGAGGGCUGACGCCUACAAGGGCUUUUCGGGGAUGAGAGGAGGUUCGACUGCAGGAGCAUCAUGGCGCGGCUUUGAUCCUCAGACUGGACGUACAACUGCGGGAAGCACGACCGCUGGUGCGUCGAGGCAGCAGAACACGCCCUUCGGUACAGGGACACCACGACCAAAAUCUGCCUACGAAUAUUUCAAAGAAACUCAUAAGGCGCAAAGUAACACAAGUCCUAACUCAGGUAGGAAAAAGCAAGGAUUUGCGCCAGGAACCGCUGGUGGAGGAGAUGAGCCUCCGGCAAGAAACACCUCGGCUUAUACACACAACCGGAGCGAACGGCCGAGCAGCAUGUAUUUUGAUUCUGUACCGCCACCGACUGCAAAGAAACCCCCACCAGCACCCGAGCCUCCGCAGUUUACUGAAGAAUUUGAACGGAAUAGGAGGGGUUAUGCGUCAACAGGAGGAGAGAAGACAUUUUUCUCCAGUACACCACUUGGGAGACCUGCGAGUACGCGCCCACCUUCUGGAAGUUUCCGAUCACCCAACCCUCGCACCAACGCUUCCAGCCCGGUUUACCCUCCAGCAGACGGAAGACACCACAGUGCUAGCCCUAAGCCUAGACGGAGAGCCAGCUACUCACCAUCCCCCUCGACCAGCUCAAGUGGUGACUCGUUAGAGUCGCAGGAUGAAUGGGAGGAGGUAGUGUCCAAACGUAACGGAAAACCCAAGGCCGUCCCCAAGAGUCGCCUUCCACCCCAUCAAAAAUUCUCGGAUUUCUAUCGGCAGGCAGAUUCCAACCCCGGAACUGGUGAGGAACCUUCUACCCGGCCAGGCGGCCAUCGCUAUGAGGACCCGCGCGCGCCAAAUAAAGAACCCCGGAGACCUCGUAGGGUCGCUGGAUUUGGAGAUCUUACGGCUGACAGCGACGACAAUAAAGGACAUAAUUCAGAUAGCGCCGCGUUCACUCGAGGUUCAAGUCGCCCGCAACAGCCUUCUCAGUCCACAGGCUCUACUACUCGAACCGAAUCGGCACAAAGUGCUUCUAACCCUGCGACUGCAGCCUUUGGGCGCCGAAGCACCAGUGAUGUGAACAGUCUUCACAAGAAGUUCUCUGCCGAAGACUGGAGAGAUCACAUUGAAGGCUUCGAUUUCCUUGGUGCUUCAGCUUCGAAGCUGAAUGCUGCGCGCAAAUCUCCCAACUCGAAGCCCCGGGGUCGUGCCAAGCCCCAGUAUGACUCUACAGAUUCAGUUCCUUCGACAGGGUCCGCUGGCUUGAAUACAUUCGGUAGUGUACCUGAAGAAGAGUCCCAGCAGAACGCUCAGAAGGCCCCUACCCCGUUUGCACAAGCCAAGUUUUCUGCCGACCAAUGGGCUGAGCAGCUACGUAAUCUUUCUUGGGAUGUUCCGGAGUCGGAUAAGCAACGACAGUCGGCACACACUCCUCCCCGGAGCCCUAGGAAACAGUCCAGGACCGGAACUAAGGUUCGGAGUGCUCCACAGGCUGCAAGUGUAGCCUCCGAAGCCGAUGAGGCAAAGGACACGAUCAACGGUACUUCUGUUCCUGGUGAGGUACCCAAUACUGAAGAGGCUGGUGGAAGGACUUGGGCUGCCCCAGAUGUAGAGGCUAUGGACAUUGAUAUGGAAUCGCCACCCAUGCCAAAGAAAACACCUGCCGGUGGUGCGAAAAACGCAGGUUAUCCGGAUCUCAACAAUGUCGCUCAAGAGGCGACUGCUACAAAUGCGAAGGCCCAGCAACCGAAAGCUGAUGGCAGCGCGUCAAAUACAGAGACGCGCACUCCACUUUUUGACCUCGAAAAUCUUCGCAACACUGCACCAUUCACAAGCACCAACAGCGGUGGCAUUGAAAACCUAGAUGAUGUCCACGCUACAUUACCAUUUGAGUCUCGCGCAAAGCAACAGACUACAACCAAGCGUGAUAUUCGGCCCCGCGAACUCAAGCUACCUAAUCCCCCCAAACGACCAUGGGCACCUCAGACUGUCGCCCUUUCACCAGGCAUAAUGGUCCUCCCGCUUGAGAAAUGGCAAUACUACGUCUCACAAAUGGGCACCUACAUGCACGAUUGGAACGUCUUCAACCGCAAAAUUCUGUCCCAUUUCAACGCCCGCCAAGAAGCCGUUGAGACAGGCCUCUCAUCCAAUUGGAUCAGCGCAGUCGGAGACUCUACUCGCCUGAAGCUUAACGAAGACGACGAGGCUGAUGAGAGUGCUGAGACUCGCGCGGCCGACACAUUCGAUUUAGACGAGACUCUUGUUCCUGGAAGUGGCAAGGGCGGAUUCAGCGCUUACUUGCGCGGUAUCGAAGAAGAUGUUCAGGUGCGGAAGCAUUGGGAAGUUGCAUGUGAGAUGCAUCGGGAGUGUAUUCUAGAUCUUGGACGACUCCGAGAGUGGAUUCGGAAUGGUGGGAAAGUGGUAUCUUUCUCUGCUAUAUGA